AUGGGAUUUUCAAAAAUAGGACCUGCUAAUCAGAAGCACACGUAUGUGAUCACCAAUGCUGCAGGUACCCUUGGCUACUGUGAUCCCCAAUAUAUGAAGACGUGCUCCCUAACCAAAGAAUCAGACAUAUACUCUUUUGGUGUCGUCUUAUUUGAAGUCCUCUGUGGGAGAUUAUGCUACACCAACCCGUUAGAGAUUUUAGUGCCUAAAUGGAAAAAAAACUACGAAGAUAACAAGUUACGCCAAAUUAUCUUUAAAGAUCUCACGCCACAUAUGGACCCAACUUCGUUGAAAACUUUUUCAGACAUUGCAUUCCAGUGUUCGCACGACUCUCGUGAACGACGCCCAACAACGUCUUUUCUUGUGAAAAAGCUUGAGAUUGCACUUCAGUUUCAAGAGCGUCAUGAUAUGAAUAUGACUAAUGUUCCCACUUCUCACAAAUCCAGACGCGUUGAUGAAUUGAGCGUACCUCUCUCCAAUGGCAAAGGGGUGCUCUUUCUUAACACGGGCAAAGUGGUAAUUAGCUACUUUGAUAGUACAAUGCCUUUCACAGUCGUUGAUCUUUUUUGCGCAAAAGUAGAGACAAUGGGGACAAGCAUAUAUGGGAGUGAUUAUAAGGCAACAUUAGAAAAUGGUUUUGAAGUUGCAGUAAAAAGACUGAGAAUAAAGGUUACUAAAAGUGAUACAGAAUUUGAAGCUGAAUUAGAAUUUAUUGGGAAAGUUAGGCAUCCGAAUCUUUUAGCAACGAGGGCUUGUUAUUUGGAUCCAAAUGGAGAUAAAAUUCUCGUUUUUGAUUACAUGCGCAAAGGAAGUCGUGCUGCUUUUCUCCAUGCUCAAGGACCCAAACAACGGGUAGAUUGGCCAACAAGAAUGCAAAUAACAAAAGGAGUGGCUAGAGGUUUGCAAAGCCUCCACACCCAUCACAAUAUAAUCCAUGGAAAUCUAACAUCAAGCAACGUUUUGCUUGAUGAGAACAUUAACCCCAAGAUUUCUGAUUUUGGGCUGUCACGACUCAUGACUACCGAUGAACACUCACAUAUGGUUUCAACAGCCUAUAAUCUUGGCUACCAGGCCCCCGAGGUUACAACACUCAACAAAGCUAAUACAAAAGCCGAUGUCUACAGUUUGGGAAUGAUAAUGUUAGAACUCCUAACUGGCAAAUCACCAGGAGAGGUUCAAGAUUUACCACAAUGGGUGGUUUUGACGGCGAAAAAAGAGUGGACUAGUAAGGUUUUUGAUCAUGAAUUGAUGGAAGAUGAUACAGUUGGUGAUGAUGAGUUGUUGAAUAGUUUGAAACUGGCUAUGCGAUGUGUUCAUCCAUUACCACAGGUUGGUCACGACGAGUUAUUGAAUAGUUUGACACUGUUUUUGAAAUGUAUGUAUAUAUCACCAUGGGAUCAGUCGGAUGUUCAGCUCGUUCUUCAGAAGUUGGAAGAGAUUAAACCAGACUCCACCACAAGUUCCAGAGAUGAUGGUGACGUCGGAUCUUCAUUAAGCUAG